AUGUUGCUUGUCUCCAAAGUUUUCCUUCUUUCAUUUUUACUCCCUUUUUUUUUUUCACUCUUUUGUUUUUUUUCUCCCUCUCAUUUUCUUUCUCUUGUUUUCUCUCUUUCAUCCUUUUUCUCUCUCUCUCAUUUUCUUUCUUUCUCUCGUUUUCUCUCUUUCUUUCAUUUUCUCUCUUUCUUGUUUUCUUUCUUUCUCUCGUUUUCUUUCUUUCAUUUUCUCUCUCUCUCUCUCUUGGCUUCCUUCUCUUGUUUUCCUUCUCUCGUCUUCUCUCUCUUGUUUUCCUUCUCUCGUCUUCUCUCUCUUGUUUUCCUUCUCUCGUCUUUCUCUCUUUUUUUUUCCUUCUCUCGUCUUCUCUCUCUUGUUUUCCUUUCUCGUCUUUCUCUCUCUUGUUUUCCUUCUCUCGUCUUCUCUCUCUUGUUUUCCUUCUCUCGUCUUCUCUCUCUUGUUUUCCUUCUCUCGUCUUCUCUCUCUUGUUUUCCUUCUCUCGUCUUCUCUCUCUUGUUUUCCUUCUCUCGUCUUCUCUCUUGUUUUCCUUCUCUCGUCUUCCUUCUCUCGUCUUCCUUCUCUCGUCUUCCUUCUCUCGUCUUCCUUCUCUCGUCUUCUCUCUCUCGUCUUCUCUCUCUCGUCUUCCUUCUCACAUUUUACUCCUUUCAUUUUCUCUUUUGCUUUCUAUCUUGUCAAUUUUUUUUUCUAUCCUAUAUUUUUUUCUUUUACUUGUUUUCAUUUAUUCACACUCUUUUAUUUCAUUCUCCCAGUGAUUUAAACUUCUUUCUAUUUUCCCUCCUUUCAAAGUAG